AUGGACGGUAUGAACAUGGAAGGGGAAGGAUCAAACGCUUGCAAGAUUUCAAUGCUUUGGAAUUGGUAUACAAUCGAUGCAUGCUUCUUAGCCGAAGGAUGGCACAUUCGUAAUCGUGGAAUGUUUGCUGCUACAUGUAUUGGUGUGGCAUUAAUGACGGUUUGUUUGGAAGCUUUGAGAAGGGCUGGUAGAGAGUACGACGUUUUGAUUGCUAAACAAUGGCAAGCACACGCAAGAACGAUCACCAAGAGAAUGUCUCUCGAUAAUAACGCAGUGGAAAGCCCUGCACAAUCUCUUACUAACUUCAAAUCUCAAUACCCAUCGUCUAUCGCAUUCCGUGCAACUCCACUUCAACAACUCAUUCGUGCAGUUCUCCAUGCGGCUACGUUUGGCUUGGCGUACAUUUUGAUGCUUUUAGUCAUGUACUUUAAUGGGUACAUCAUCAUAUCAAUCAUCCUUGGGGCGGGUUUGGGCAAGUUUGUAUGCGAUUGGAUGUCAGCUACUAUUCCGAUUGGCGCAAAGGAUGAACAAAUCAUUCACCACAGCACCACAGACGAUCCAGCAGUUUGCUGUUAGGGUCUUUAUGUACACUUAUAAUGUCAAUAAAAU